UGUUGAAUCACAUCGCCAAGAAGAUCUCCACAGCCGAGCUAACAACCAAGCACUAGCACCAGCUACAGCGACACCCCCCCCGAACUCGGUCCAACGAGCAAAAACACCACUGCAACGCAAUAAAAAAACCAACCCCAACCCAACCAGCAAUCAUGGCCUCCAACACGAUGAACUUCGGUCCUGAAUGGAUGAGACGUUUCCCUGCAAAGGCAAGCCAAUCUCACACCGAGCAGCACGCCAGGGCAACCUCCCCUCCUCCUGCAGCGCCGCCUCUCCAGGACUGGAGCCAGCCCGCGCCUGCUGCCGCCUCUUCUGCCGCCCUUCCAGCCUUCAGCUACUCGUCAAUUGCGGCCAGCAAUGUCCGCUCCCAGAACGGCGUCCCUGGAUCGACUUCAUCCUUUGAUGCAUCUGCCUCCGACGGCGGUAGUGGUGGCAGCAGCGGCAUUACCAGCGGCAACUUCGCAACGGACUCUCUGAAUCCUUUCAAGUACUCCAAGGAGUUCAUGCUGUCACUCUACAGACCGACAGGACUCCCGAUCGAAUUUGAACGACACGAGUAUAUGACUAGUGAAGAGUCUCUACAGCCAAUGUCCUCGAUGCCGUUUUCUGAACAAGAGAUCAAGCUUCUGGCCGGAAGCGUGAACAGCGAGGUCGCACGCCGAACUACCCAGCCAGGAGAUGGUCUUCAGGAGCGAGCUCCUGGACAGAGGCGCGAGAGUUUUUCCAAUAACGGGGAACACUCCACUGGACGUUAUGACCGAUCCGACAAGAUCUCCUCCCAUUCUCGUAACUACGAGUCUAGGAAUCACGGAUCGAGCGCAAGGCCAAGAAAUCUAAACAGCGAAGGUCGUAGUCAUUCGUUCAGGCGUACGGAGCAGAUUGAGCGUGAACGCGAGCGUGAGCGCGAGCCAGAAGACGAUGGCCUUUGGAAUUCACCAGUCGGCAACAUAGUUGGUUCGUUCGAUGCCAAUGGCGUCUUCCGUGUCGUUGGCGACUCAGAGGAGCUUCAGCCAUUAGCCGAGCAUGAAGAGUCCACUAAAAAGCACGCUGCUGACGAAGCGAAAGGGGCGGGUGUUAGAAACGGAGACAACCCCAAGUCUUCGGCUAAUGCCACCGCUCCUUUGCAAAACCAAGAGCUGAUUUCUUCAGAUCUUGGGUCAGGCAAGACAGAUCAGCCCUCGCCGGAGCAGCAACAGCAACAGCAGAAGCUGCAGGAAAAGCCUGCCGAUAGUUAUCUGUUCUCGAGCGGGUUACUCGCAGGCAAAAACCUUGGUUCCGGUCCAUUGCGGGACGAUGCUGAAUUCGCGCCCUUCAACGCCGGCCAGUCGUCAGUACCGAACGUGGCUCCUGCACCCGAAUCUGCGUUUGACGCUUUAUCGGUGGAGUUAAGCAAGUGGUUGUACAGGGAUCCCAGUGGAAGCAUUCAAGGACCAUUCUCGUCCGAAGAGAUGCAUGAAUGGUACAAGGGCGGAUUCUUCUCGCCAGAUCUUCUUGUCAAGCGUGAGCAGGACCCGACGUUUGAGCCUCUGGGUACAUUGAUUAGGAGGAUCGGAUCAGAGGACAAACCAUUUUUGUUGGCAGGUAUUGUGCGUCAGGAGCAGCCAUCACUUUCAGGAAUGCCACUGCGGUCUUCAGUCCCUUCGCUUGCACAGGUCAGGCAGCCUAUUUCUCAAGUUAGUCUUUCAUCUGGAUGGAUCGGAAUGAGUGCGCCCACGACUCCGAGCACCCCGAGCUUUGGUGUUGAUCGCUUGCUCAUGCAACAGCAGCAACUUCAACAGCCACAGCAGCAUUCGUCUGGCGACCUGUUUAGCAGCACUAAUAAUCUUGGGCAGCAGCGAUCUGGUUUUGGAUCAGUCCAGGACCCUGGCCUCGAGUCGAGAUGGAGUUCCGGUCUGUUUGGUCGCACUCAGGCUGUAGAAUCGAAUGCUGGUUGGGGCGGUGAUACCUUUUCACGCCCUGCGAUGGGAAGCAUGUCUGCGGCGCACACGCCUAUGGGCGGUCCCCAGUAUAUGGACCAGCAACAGCGCCUGCAUAACCAAGAGAUCGAGCGCCAGCAGUACAUGCAACUGCUACAGCGUCAGAGCCAGAUGCAGACCAUGGUCCAUCAGCAGCAGUUUAUGCAGGCUCAGCAACAGUUUGGAAAUGAUCCUCAUGCUCUUGCGGCGCUACUCGCUCAACAACAAGCCCAACAGCGACAACUUCAAAUGCGUUACCAGCAGUUGCAGUUCGCAGGUCUUCAUGCGCAGGCAGUUUCCACUCCUGGCGGCACCGCAAUUCCCUGGGGAGGAGCAGGCAUGGGACAGCCCUCGAGUCCAUGGACGACCUCGAUCAUUCCUUCGAGCUCCGACAACUACUUUGAGUUCAACAAGGGGGAUGGUAGCCAGGUGCCUCACUCCAUGCAGCAGCGUCAGCAGCAACAAGUCCAAGCGCAAGCGCAGCACCAACCGUUUCAGCCGUUCCAGCAGGAGCAGCAGCAACAACAGCACUCUCAAGAACAACAGCAGCAGGAGCACAUCUCAACUGCAAAGGACUCAGUUUCCACGCAAGAUUCAUUGCCAACACAGCACGACAAUGCUGCUGCCGACUCUCUCGCCGAGCGUUUGGAGCACCUCGAGGUUCGCAAUGAGUAUGAGGGCGCGGAGAUUGGGGGAGUGAAGGAGCACGCCACCAAAUCUGCUUCAAUGACUGAGCAGACUGCAGUGGAGGACAAGGACGAAGAGGAUUAUGCUGACGAGACCUUUUCAGCAGCCCAGAACGAUGCUUUUGAGCCUACCACUUCGAUAGAGGCUGAGUAUGAGAAUCAGCAGGAGGUUGAGCUGGACUAUGGUCAUCAGGAACAGGGAUCAUUUGAGGAAAACAUCUCUGAGACCGCUUCCUCCACCGCCGCCGAGUCGACCCAUCGUACCAUCAAGGCUAGCCCUGCUCCUUGGGCCAAGCCUUCUAAUGACGAAGACCUUUCGGAGCGAAGGGGUCCAACCCUUCGUGAGAUUCAAGAAAUGGAGGCCAAGAAGGCAGAAGAAGCCAAGGCAGAGCGACAGGCCCAGUUGGCUGCUGCUGUCUCUGGUAACAACAGCAUGUUGGAUUUCACGAAGGGCAUGCCAGGAGCUCCCGCUUGGAGCAGCACAACUGCGACCACACCCAAGAAGAAGACCUUGAAGGAAAUCCAACAGGAGGAGGAGGCUGCAGUCAAGCGGGCUCGUGCUGCCCAGCAGGCGAACCCAUCUACGACGCCUCUUGGAGCUCAGAGCCCUGGAUUGGCUGCCAUCGUCGCAUCAGGAACUGGCUCGAUCGGCAGACGCUAUGCUGAUACCAUCGGACCCAAAUCCGCCAGCAGCUCCACGACCUCUGGCCCAUGGGGCUCUGCUUCGGCUGCCGCAAUUGCAUCCAAGCCAGCAUUGGUUACCCGCAGUUCUGCGGUUUUCGCCUCUAACCCGUCCCUGAACUCGCCCACCAACCCUGUCUCGAAAGGCUCCGAUAGCAACUGGAUUGAGGUUGGAUCAAAGCACUCGGCCUCAGUAUCUACUUCGCCUGCCGUCAGUCGCACCUCGGCUCCAGCUUCUUCGUCGACGAACAAGGCCCCCUCGAACUCGAAUGAGCCCCGCCCUGCUUCGGAAGAAUUUUUGCGCUGGUGCCGUCAGGCUCUCAAGGACCUCCAGGGCGUCGUCCUCGAGGACUUUAUCCAGAUGCUGCUCACCUUCCCUCUAAACCCUGAUCCCAUGACGGUCGAAAUCAUUUCGGAGUCGAUCUAUGCCAACUCCAAGUCCUUGAAUGGACGCCAGUUUGCGGACGAAUUCAUCAAGCGUCGCAAAGCCGACGCCUACCCCAACGGCGCUCCUGCGUCGUUCUCUACAAGUAGCUCGGGUGUGUCCUCGGGUGUUGGUGUUGGCGGCGCUGACUCUUCGUUCAAGGUUGUUUCCAAGAAGGGCAAGAAGAAGGGAACUGCUUAAAACACCUUUCAAUGAAGUAAAUGGUGGGAUAGCGGAAAGUGGUAUUAAAUGGUUAAUUAAGGUUUAGACGCGUUGCCUUUUGCUGUGUGCAACAUCUCAUAAAGCUCCUUUAAUAACUGCAGAAGAAGACCAGAUAGAGCAGUUCCGCGAUAUGCGACACC